UUGGUAUGUCCAGCUGAUUAAAAAUAUUGCGAUUAUAUUUGUGGUAUUUUUACUUUCUAGAUAGUGUUGAAGAAUUAUAAUCCUACUUUAUACUUAUUUAAAAAUUUGCAAUGUUAAUUUGCUUUAAAAUUGGUUAAAUGCUUGGUUAUAAUACUUAAAGAAAUUAGUAGGAAAUUCGGUAAGAGAAUUAGCUAAGAACAGCUACCCCAGCUGUUAAAUUUUAUCUUAUAUCAUACUGAAGAAUGGGUGCCAAUAAUGAAGAAUUAUUGAAAUCUAUACGAUAUUAUCAAGACAGUUUAGAUAAGUAUUCCUCUAUUGGAAAUAACUACAAGUUACUCAGUGUUAUUAAAAAAUUAAAAAAGUUACCUAUUGCAACAUCACAUUUGGAAGAUACCGGGAUUGGGAGAACAGUGAACGCAUUGCGCAAGCUUGGGGGAGAAGUUGGGGAUGCAGCGAAGGCUCUCGUAACGCGAUGGAAGGAAAUGGUGGUACAGGAGGAUGUGAAAAAAGAAGUGACUAAUACCGCAUCACCUGAUGUGAACCUUCAUAAAAAUGAAUCUGCCAAUAACAGAAACGAUGAAAAGGAAAAUAGUUAUACCGAUACCAAACAUAAAGAAAGAGAAAGAAGUUCUAGUCACAGAUCAGGUAAUGACGUGAGAAACAGUGAGAAAGAAAGAAAUAAGUUGGACAAACAUUCUAAUAGUAAUAAAAAUACUUCUCUUGAUAAAAAAGAUAAGGACUCUAAAAAACAUAAAUAUGACCGUGAUAACAGUAGUGAAAUGCGUGGUUCAGAGACUAGACAUCAUAGUGAUAGCAGUUCUGAAUCCGAAGAAGAAGAAAAUUACGAAGGCAAAUCUCAUUCAAGCAAACAAAAAAAUGAAUCUGACGAAGAGGACAUAUCAAGUGAUGAAGAAAUGAAUAAUGAAAAGCAAAAGAAAAAUGCAAGUAACAAUGGCAGUAGUAGAUUUUAUGAGAAAAAAGACAUUGAGGAAGAUAUAUCCAAAAAGAAGCAUAAGUAUGAUAAGUAUGAUAACAAUAACGGCACUGAAAGACAUAGCUCCAAGAGAAAGCACCAUAGUAGUAGUUCGGAGCCUGAAGAAGACUAUUAUGAGAAGAAACAUAGUAAAUCUCAUUCAAAAAGCCAUAGAAGUAAUUCCGAUGAAGAAAAUUGUGAUAAACAGAAAAGGGAUGUAGAUAAAUUGUCUCAUAAUAAAAAAGACCAUAGGGACAAAGAAAAGUCUAGUAAAAUGCAUAAAUAUGAACAUGAAAGCAGCAGCAAAAGUCACAGUUCAAAAAGAAAACAUUAUAGUAGUUCCAGCUCUGAAUCGGAAGAAAAUUAUGAAAAGAAGUACAGCAAAUCUGACACAAGACACAGAAGUGAUUCCGACGAUGACAAAGAUGAAGAUAGGGGACACAGUUCAAGAAAAGAGUCUGAAGAUAAAAGAAAAAAACACAAAUCAAAGAAUUCUAAGUCUGAUAGGCAUGAAGAGAACUUGAGCAAAUCAAAAUCAAAAGAGAAGACUGAAAAAUCCCAUGAUAAUUCAUCAUUAAAAUUGAAAUCUUCCUCUAGAUUUGAGAGUGAUUCCAAAAAAGAGAUAAACAAUGAAGAAAGUGGAUCAAGCUCAAAACAUAAAAAAAGCAGUCUUGAUUCCGAGACGGAAGUACAAGAAAAAUCGAGAUCAAAACAGGAAAAAGAAUUGCAUGGACUGAAGGAAUCUAAAUCGCAUUCUGGGAAGCAUGAAAAGAAAGACAAGAAAGAUCGGGACAGAGAGAGAUCCAAAGAUAAACAUGGCCACAGAAGAGAUGAGUCGAGGCAACACGAAGGAAAAGACAAAAAUUCCAAGGAUGAAAGAGAUACGAAGAAAGAAAAGACAUCUACAUCAUCUAGCAAGAACAAAGAGAGCAGUAAAAGUACGAGUUCUAAACAUAAAUCCACUAGUGACAAGAACAGCAAGGCGAAAGUAGAAGCUGUGCACACCACGAAAAUCGUACACGGUAUCGACUCGGAAUCUGGAGCUAGUUUUGCGGAGGCUUUAGGUAUGUGCGGACCUAUGGUUUACAGCAAAGGCGCGAGCAGUAGCAAAAAGAAAUCUACGUCAUUACCAAAUCCGGAAAAACAUAGUAAAAGUACAUCCAGCUCCACUUCUGUCAAGUUGGAAAAGAUAGAAAAAGCUGAAGUUGCAGAAGAGAAAUACGUUCCUAGUCUUUUGAAGGAACAACCACCAGAACUGUUGCCGAUUAACAUAUCUAGUUUGUUGCCAGAAAUAACACCCAAUUACAAACCUGUAGCAUUUCUGCUAGAUUCACAACCUAAAAGGAUUUUGACUCCAGAUGAGGCUUUAAGUCAAGCCAUCUCCAACAAAAAUAUGAGGACAAAGGUUUAUUCGGGAAAUAAAGUAAAAGGUGGAGAGGUUGAGUCUCUAUUCAACAUAUGCGUCAAAAUUUUACAAGACAAUUUAGAUGCGAUCGAGUGCACGGGUGGAGUACCGUACAUGGUGCUGAAACCCAUUCUAGAAAAAGCUACACCCGACCAACUGUUCAACUUGGAACACUACAACCCCUACCUCAUCGAAGACACGGACGAGCUUUGGCGCUUGCACUGCUUGAAGGAAUUCAGGACCAAGAAAAGAGAAGAGAUGGAAACGUGGCGGGAAAUGUACAUGCGUUGUCUGGAUGAAAGAGAAGCCAAGUUAAACGCUAUUACCGCCAACAUUAAGGAGUCGCAAGACAAAUCCCUUCCCGUACGUACGACAAAACUAGCGUACAUCGACUCGGUGGCUAAACCGCCCAGGAACAUCGCCAAGAGACAGGCGAAGAAUGGUAUUAUUAAUAGGGUUCCAGUUAAAACUAGUACUUCUUUGAAAUUAACUGCUCUGGCCACGGCUGGCGAAGCAAGUAAGGUUUCAGUUCCAAACCCUGGAAGUCGAGCGGUGGACAGAUCCAGUAGCAGCACCAGCUCUGCCGCUAUCAAGCCCAAAAAGGCUCCGCUCAUGGCAAAGACAUUGUCGCUAUUCAAAAAUAGAUUUAAGAGAUAAGGGAAUGAUAUUCUUGGUACAAAUCCUUAAUCAAAAAUAUAUUUUGAUUGUUAAUUGUCAUUUUUAAAUGUAUAGUAUUUAUUUAUUGUUUUUAAUAUAAGUUUU